CUUUAAAAGUUAUAAUAGACAUGAACUGGAAGGUGUGCGUUAUAAGACAGUUUAGGUAUGGUUUGUCAACACCAUGUUAACAGUCAAUCUAGUAGCUUGCUUCGUUAACCGGCUGAGAUUACUUGAGGAAAAAUUAGGUGGACACCAGAGUGUGAACAUUUUGUGGUGGUUUUAUGGAAAAAGACACUCAGUAUUCAGGCUUUCCCAGAGAGUCUACAGCUAGAGAAGAAGUAGUAUCCUCCUGCCAAUGUCCAACAACUUUACAAUGGACAACAUCGAGUUAUAGAGCACCGGAGACUGCGUGGUCAUCGUCACCAUUCAGUUAUACACCAAAUAACCAGCCAUGUUUGUGUCUUCGAUACAGAAAUAUGGAAUGUGGCACUAGAAGGAUAAAAAUUGGCUCAAGUUUCGACUCAAACGAAGAGCCACCUAAACAACAAGAAUCAAGUUUAUCAAUUAGUAAAAAUUUAAAGUUUGGAAUCGAGAGAAUUUUAACUCCGAGUUGUAAGGAAGAGAACAGUUCGGGUAUGUAAUCUUAAAUAUGAAAAUUAAAUUUAGCUCUAUAACGAGAGAGAUUCCAUGUAUAUAGGCCUAAGGUUCGUAUAUACAAACAAGGUUUACAUAUAGUGUGCAUUUAUAUUUUUCUUAAAGAACGAUAAUAGAAGAAUAAAAAAUUGAACGUGAAAUAUGUCAUAUAUACUGAAUAUUGAGAUGAGUAAAAAAUCAGUAAAAUACCAUGCGACAUUAAAAAGUGGUAUUUUCAUUCUUUGGUAAUCUAUAGAAACCCUGAAUUGAAAUGUAUAAGGAUGAACAUCUAUUACAUAUCUAUAAACUCGCGGUAUAGCUAGCCUAUGUCAGAAUACUGAGUUUAAGCCAAAAUUUAAACUAAGUUAAAAUUAAAACAUUAAAGAUUAAAACCUAAGAAUGUUCAUUAAAAAUUGAAAAGCACUACAGUUCUGUUUUGAGAGGCCCUUUCUAGAUCCUCUCUCUGCACCUGAAGAGAGAGGAUCAAGAAAGGGCCUCUCGAAACAGAACUGUAGUGCUUUUCAAUUUUUAAUGAACAUUCUUAGGUUUUAAUCUUUAAUGUUUUAAUUUUAUAUAUAUAUAUAUAUAUAUAUAUAUAUAUAUAUAUAUAUAUAUAUAUAUAUAUAUAUAUAUAUAUAUAUAUAUAUAUAUAUAUAUAUACCUUACACUAUAUACAUUUAUCUAUACAAACUCUUUUCAUAUACACCUUGUAAGUAAAGUAGUAAUUAUACAUUGCAUAUGAACUUAUGUUUAAUUGUUCUUAUUAUACCUUAGUAAAUCUUAGACGUUACUGCAUCCACUGUUAUAUAUAUAUACGUUAUUGAAAUAUGUUUUAUUGAAAAGUGGAGCAGUUAAACUGACCCUGUGCACUCAUUAAAACCUGUAUGUGAUCUUUUUAUUUUGCUUUGUUUUCGUCUCCUUCCAACUCUGAAUGUCUCAAUCUGAUCCUAGGAUCCAAAUAAUUCCAUUUGAAUCCAUCUUGCAUGUUGGCAAAAGUGUAUGACAAUGCAUCAGAUAGAGCUCGACUAGAUCGCGUAACUGUGGCUAUGUGCAAUUCAUAAUGUGAUAUGCAUGGCCAUGUAUUCAUUUGAGGCAAAACUAAAAAACAGAAAAUAAUAAACUUACAACAUCAUCCGACCGACAAAAAUGCCUAAGGCUAUAAGAUGUAUACAAGUUCAUUCACUUCAGUAUUUUUCAUUGUUAUUUUAAUUAAUCAUCAAACAUUCCUUCUUGCACGUCCCUAAUUUUAAGAGCAAUUAAGUUGACUAUGCAUGCACUCUGCACCAUGAUGCUUUACAUAAUCUGACUUUAUUCGUCAAAGAUGUAUUAAGACAUAACAAGAUCAUAUUGGUACAUAUUAAUUGUACGUAAGCGGCAGCAAGGAUUUCUAAAAAAAUCCUUGGUAGCUUUAAGGUUUCUGUGUGGUUUUAUGGUCUCAAACGAUUUCAUGCAAGUAUCAAAUAUUGCACACAUGUAAAAUGACAGACCAGGAAAAGGUUUAAUGUUUCUCGGAUCCUGAACUUAAAUCUAUUGUCAAAUGUCCCAUAAAAACAAUGAAAAUUUUCACUUUAUUAUGCAUGUUGUAUCUUGUAGUUAGCUAGACAUGCCGUAAGCAUCUCUGUCUCACUAACGUGUCUGUAACUGUACGAUAUGCCAUUCCACUAAAUUGCAGCAACAAAAGUGGGAUGAAAGAGGAGGAGAGGCUAUAGUAUAGAGGCUUUGUGCAGGUCAAUGGCUUCAUAUGAAUGCAUUUAUUUUCUCUAUGACUCUAAUUAUUUUUUUAUUUCAGGUUCUCCAAACAACAUGAAGGAGAGCAACGCCAAUAUUGCUCAUAAAUCAUCAACUGCUGGGAAGAGUCAACGAAAAAAUGGUACACGUUCAGUAUUUUCUCAUGUUCAACGAAACAUUUUAGAACUGCAUUAUCAACAACGAGAAUACGUGACAAAAGGAGAGCGCUAUCAUAUUGCCAUGGCAACAGGAAUAAGCGAAGAACAAGUGAAAAUCUGGUUUCAAAAUCGAAGAACGAAGAAGAAAAAAUUGGAAAGAAACAAAAUGGCGGCAUCAGAGAAGAAUAAAGCUGAACAUUUUAGUUUAAAUAUUAUGAAUUUUCAUUAGGAAGGAACAAAAUUUUAUUUUAAGUGCCACUAACGCAAAUUAUAAUUUUAGGUAUGCGAAAUAUUUGGGUGUUCAUGUUGCCUUUGAUUGUUGAAAAAAUCCACCCAGUUUGUCUACUUUUUCACUACAUUAAGUUCAUUUGUGUUUUUUGCUGAUAUAAUAUCCGGCAACUUUGACAGUGAAAGAUGACGUAGUACACAUAUCAAAAAUUAUAUUUGUGGUAAGUGGUACUUAUAAAUGACAAAAUUGAUUAAUAGACCAGGAUAAACCAUGCGUGGUUAAAAAUCAUUCCAUGUAUGUGAAAUAUGUAAAUCCAAAUAGUAAUGAAAAUGCUCAUAAUAUGUAAUGUUAUAAUGUACAUAUAUAAAAUUAUAUAUAAGCUGCAGGCUACAAUAUGGUCAGAUCUAGAAUCGAAAUAUGGUAACCGUCAUCAGAUACAUGACGACUAG